UCAGGUUAUCUAGGGGUGUGGUCUAGAUCUAAACUUUAAAAAUGAAGGCCCAAAGAGGAUCAGAAUUGAAGAAGUUUUUAUUUGCUACUGUUAUUCUGAGUGUAGUAAUCACAUCUUUAUAUUAUAUUUUUGCAAGGAAAGGGGAGACAUUAGCAGCAGUAAAUAUAUCAUCUUACAUAAUUCAACAAUACGUCAUUAUUCAAGGAAACGUGUCUUCUAAUUCCACCUCGAAUUUCACCUCUACAACUCCUACACGGUUUCCAUUCCCAUAUCCAGAGAACUGGUUCUGGCUUUGGUCUGAAAGGGACACAUAUUUAUGGACUCGAACCGCAUAUAUUGACACUAGAAAGGACGUGUAUGGCAAUCCUGUCAUCAUUGCAUUAGUAUACAGAGAGAUAAGACCCAAACUAGUGGUCAACUCCUUUUCCUGGUACUGUCAUGUCUUAAAGACUAACAACGAGGAGGUCUGUACUGGUAAGGCAACUCUUGAUCGCUCGGUUGAAGGAAUCGGGUAUAAGUUUCACAGUUUUUCAACUGCAACAUAUUUUAUAUGCCAGUUACCACCUGAUACAGAUCACAGGGAUGUUAGAGCAGUCUCCUUCUCUUCCGAUGGCUGUCAAUCUACAAGACACUCGCCGUUUGUACUGAUUAAACCCCGUGAAAAAGUAAAGAAGAAAGUCCUUGGUAUUUGUUUGCAUAAAGCAUUGUUUGAUGUUCAAGAGCCUCAACCAAUAGUUGAGUACAUUGAAAUUCAUAGGCUGUUAGGCAUCGAGUUAUUUACUAUGUAUGUUCAAAGUAUUUCAAAAGAGAUUAGAGACAUAUUGAACAAAUAUUCCAAAGAAGGGAUAGUAGAAAUAGUGGAAUGGAAUAUCAAGAUAUCCACAAAGGUCAUACGUGAUUUUGGUCAGGUGGGAGUGAUACAUGAUUGUCUAUUAAGAAACCAGGACAGGGUCACGUACCUUGGUUUUUCAGACUUUGAUGAGGUUUUUGUACCACUUCGUGACGGGACCCUUGACAAGCUAUUGAAACGACUCGACCAACCAAACUAUGCAUCUUUCAGGUUUCUUCACGUAUUUAUGCAUGAUACUCCAGCACUGGUAAAGCAAGUCUCGAAAUCUAAUUGCUCAAGAGUUAAGCUACCACUGUAUUUCCAGAGAUACAAGAGAUCAGAUUUCAGUGACAGUUCAGCUUAUAAUGGUAAUACUUUAGGCUCUAAAGCAAAAAUAUUUGUCAAACCUGAGGGUAUAGUUGUCAUGGGAAGGCAUAGCAUGCAUCUUAGAAGCACACACAAGUUUGCUCCAGGAUACAAAGAGCUGACUGUACCAGGAGAUUCUGGUCUCUUUUUUCAUUACAGAAAGAUGUUACAGCCUGGACUGGAGCAUCGGAAAUUAGUACAGGAUACUGCUUUAGCUAAAUAUCAAGAUGAAAUGAUUAGAAAAUUAAAUGAGAGACUUUGUUGAAAUUAGGUCUAUAAUAUUAUUUAUAAUAAUUAUUUUUAUUUUUAAGACUAAAAGUUAGUUGUACUAUCUUGUCAUUAAUCUCUCGCAUACAAUACAAUCAAUUUUGUUACA